UUGAUUGAUGGAGAACCAAACUGUUAUCGAAUUCAAAGGGUUACUACCUGACACAUCUAAUGAUACAAUUCCCCACCAAUGUUGUAGUAGAAAAAAAGUACCACUUGUAGUUUUGGUUAUAUUGGUAGUCAUAGGUGCGAUAGUGGGAGGAAUAGUAAAUGCAUGGAGGAAUACAUCAAAUCAAGAGGAUGCAGAGGACAUCAGGAAUGAAACACAAUUUCCUUAUAGGAUUGACAGCAGUAUAAAUAAGUGCCUUUACAUUACAUCUGAAGAUUUUCUGACAAAACUUAUAAGUGAAACAUUUGCAUAUGAAGAAGUAUGUACAAUAGGAUCAGAAUUUGUAAAAAAAAUAUGUAGUAUUGGUAAAGAGAAAUCGGAAAGUAGUCAUGUGUGCGAGAAAUGUACAGAUGGAAGCAUUCUUCCAUCGUUUUGCUUCUGUGACAAGACAGUGCACUGUGUCAAAGAUAAAGAAUUGGGAAGUCGAGCAGCCGAUGACUCUAAAAAAAAUUGUAAUUGGUGUGCAGAAAUUUUCAACAUUCAAUUUCCAAACCGAGGCAAUGCAAGUUGCUCUAGCUACUCUCAAGAUCUGUUGAAAAGUACCUGUAACAAAGGUUAUGAUGGGUUCAUGUGUAGUGUCAUAACAACACGUGUAUGCACCUUAAAAUUGGUACAGCCUAAUUUAAAGGAAUGCAACACGUCAAAUUUAGAGGAAUGUUUCCUGAAAUCGACACGACCUGGAAAAUAUUACCAUUGCCAACCUUUCACGGAUUCCAAUAUCAAAGAAAGAAGUUUCUUGGAAGCUUGUAACCUGAAUGCUACCCCAUGACCUAAGAAAGGUAGAACAAUAAAUUGACUAAUGAAGUUAAAAUGAACAAUUGCAAGGAAUACAACUUUUUGCUUUUGAUUAACCACCGUCUAGUUGAUGGAUGAUAUCGUCCCUGAGUGUGUAUACUGCAGACAGAGAUACAAUUAAUUCUUGAGGAGUGAGAACCAGUAGAAUGGCCAGUUACCUAUAGCAGUACACUAAUUUCUUUGAUAUUUGGCAUCUUUUUUUCAAUUUAUAUACAAUUUGCAGUCUUUAGUUUAAAAGUAUACUCGAUGGUAAUGUUAAAUAUUUCAUCUAGGUAUGUUUGUGAUCCGUUUGUGUUUGACAUCAAGUCAAUGUAUAACUUAGCAUUGGCAGACAGAUUCAGGAUUAUUUAAGGUGGUGAUAGAGUGUUAUUUUAUCGUCCACUGUAAUUAAUUUUGUCAUAUUAUUAAAGUUUUGGUUAUUGUCUGUUAAAGUCAUUAAGUUAAAUAGCUAUCCUGCUAUAAGAGAUUAACAUAGCAUGUUCUCUAGGUCACGUAGUAAAUACUUUUAUAUGAUUUAUAUGUUUUGUUUUUGUAAACAAAGAGUUGGAGAAUAUUUGGAGAAUAUUUAGGUCAGUUGGAGAAUAUUUGGAGAUUAUUUAGGUCAGUUGGACAAUAUUUGGAAAUGAUGGGUAUAUAAGGGCCUCCUGUUUUAGUGUUGAUGAGAAUUGAAGGCGAGAAAAGAACUAUACAAUAUGAAACGUUAAAAAGGAUUUUGUUAUGUCGGCAGAUUUUGGCAGAUCUUGGGAGGACAUUUAUAGAUUCAUAGAAAGUUGUGCUACAUUACUAUUCAUUUGUAAUUAGUUUUGAUAUUUUGUCCGCACAGUAUUGGACACUGUUGCGUGGUUUUUGUCCGCUCAGUAUUGGACACUGUUGCGUGGUUUUUGUCCGCUCAGUAUUGGACACUGAUGCGUGGAUUUUGUCCGCACAGUAUUGGACACUGUUGCGUGGUUUGGUCCGCAUAGUAUUGGACACUAUGCGUGGUGUUUUUGUGUGCACAGUAUUAGACACUGUUGCUUAUUUUUUAUACGGAAUGUAAUGAAAUCCGUUUGUGAUAACGUGUGAAAGUGAUGUACCGAUGAAUCUUUGAAUCAUACAUUUUGUAAACUGUAUAUAAUGUAAAUAUUCGCCUGGAAUGGAAUUUUGAUAAAUCAUAGAUUAGUCAAUUUAUUUGUAUAUUUUCUUUAACAUCAAUACUACACAUCAUUGGAUUUUUUGUCGUUAAUUGUCUGUUAUUUCAAUGUACCCGGCCUGACCUGAAAGUUUUACUAUACUCGACCGCCAUGGCAUUUUUACCAAACCUAAUUUGGCUCGGUUAAUUUUUAAAAAAAUUUUGACAAAAUAUUUACUUUGACCCUUUGAGAAAAAUAUAAAAAAAAUCAAAAAUUUGAACCACACACUUUAUCCGAAAAAUUUCAUUUGAUAUAUAGCAGUUUGACAAACACUAAUUUUGAUCAAUGAGAAGUUUACUAUUUCCUUAACAAUAGAACGUAAUUAAAACGUUUAGCUGAUUUUUACAGAGUUAUCUCCCUGUAGUGUUACAACCACCUUAAAACAAUAAUACUAGUUGAUCUGCACAGUUCCGAUAUGACAAAUUUUUCACAUAUAUGCCUUUAAACAUUAUAAAAGCAGCAUUUCCUCAUCGUAUCUAUGCAUUUAUCAUAACAUUGCUAUAUAAAGUCAAAGAAUGUCAACAGAAAUAUUGGUAAUUAACUUUUUUAAAGAUUAGAGAUUUGAAAAAAUAACAUUUUUAUUACCCAGUUAGACAAACAGUAAAAUUAAAUAUAACUCCUCCAUGAUAUACAAUUACUUAAACAUACAUAAUGCUCAGACUUAGAUGUGGUGUGAUUUCCAAAUACCAAAUGACGUAGAAAUAAGAAACUAGAUGUCACCAUACGACCUUCAACAAUGAGCAAAUCCUAUACCGCAUAGCAAGAACAAAAGGCCUAAAAAUGUAAAAGAAUUCAACGAGAAAACUAACGCCUGAUUUAUGUACGAAAAACAAAUAUGAUAUUCAGCAACAAACGAACCUAAAUUACAGACUAUUGACUGUACACAGGGACACAUACAGAAUGUGGCGGAGUUAAACAUGUUUGCGGGCUUUCAAACCUCCCCUAACCCGGGACAGCGGUGUACAUGCACAAUAUAGGAACAAACUAUACAAAUCCGUUAAAAAGGGCAUAACUCAUCAGAACGAUACAAAGCACAAAAACAACUAACAAAAACAUUAGAGACACUAAGUACAGAUUUUGGAGUACUAGUAGUUACAGAAAGCUAGCUCAUAGCCGAUAACAACUUAUAAAAAUAUCAUGAAUUGAAGACUUUAGUAUCAACGGUACACAUCUAACAUUCAAUAGAUUAAGUGUAAAGACUCAUUAACCGUCAGAGAAAAACAUGAUCUUGUGCAAUGCUAAAAGAGGGACGAAAGAUACCAGAGGGACAGUCAAACUCAUAGAUCGAAAACAAACUGACAACGCCAUGGCCAAAAAUAAAAUGACAAACAAACAAAUAAUAGUACAGAUGACACAACACAGAAAACCAAAGACUAAGCAACACGAAACCCACCAAAAACUGGGGGUGAUCUCAGGUCCUCCGGAAGGGUAAUCAGAUCCUGCUCCACAUGUGGCACCCGUCGAGUUGCUUAUGUUAUUACAAAUCCGGUAUAUAGUCUAAUUCGGUAAAUUAUAGGUAUCAACAGAAUGAAAGGCCGUGAAUAGUAAAAUUGAGAAUGGAAAUGGGGGAUAUGUCAAAGAGACAACAACCCGACCAAAGAGCAGACAACAGCCGAAUGCCACCAAUGGGUCUUCAAUGCAGCGAAGCGAGAAAAUCCCGCACCCGGAGGUGGUCCUCAGCUGGCCCCUAACUAAAAUUGUGUGCUAGUUCAGUGAAAUGGACGUCACACUCAACUCCAAAACAUAUAAAUGAACUAAAAUUAAAAAACAUACUAGAAUAACAAAGGCCAGAGGCUCCUGACUUGGGACAGGCGCAAAAAUGCGGCGGGGUUAAACAUGUUUUGUGAGAUCUCUUCCCCCUAUACCUCUAGCCAAUGUAGAAUAAAGAAAGACAUAGCAAUACGCACAGUAAAAUUCAGUUUAAAAGAAAUCCGAGUCCGAUGUCAAAAUAGGUAACAAAAGAAACAAUAGCAAUAACAUUUAGCUUGGUUUUCAUUUACGUUUAUUAAAAUUCAAAACGUCAAUACAGACACAGGCUUUAUGUAUGCUUAACAUUUGAUGGAAUUCAUUGAUGUAUUGACAGAUAUGUUCUAAUCAAAACUUUUUGUUAUAUUCCCUCUGUAUUAUCAUGCUAUCAGUUACAAAUUGAUAUAAAUUUGGAUCUUAUCUACUUAUUUGAACCGUGACAGUCUAAUCUAAAAGUAUAUAGUUAAUAAAUAUUUUUAUAUUUUUGUUUAUCUAUUCAUCAUUUCAACAAUUUAGGCAAAUUGCUCAAAAUAUAUUAGCUGUCUAUCCAUGUCCAUAACUAGGAAAAAUAGACUUUCGUCCACAAUUAAACUUUUGAAUUUCAUCUCAAGAAACUAUAAUAAGUAAUAUGUAGUACGGAUUUUUAACAAAUGUAUUGUUUAUAUUUAUGUAAUCUUUACUUUCUAUUUACAUUGUUAAAUAUCUGAUAUUUAUUUGAGACAAGGUUGGUCAAUGUGUAUAAAAGAUAUAUCUACGUCUGCCUUUGAUAAUAUUAUGUAAUUUCAUUUGCGCGUGUAUAUUAGUUUUUAUAUAUCAACGCCUUAUUGUGUUCAUGCUUCUUUUUUAUGAAUAAGAUAUUGAAAAAAACAUA